AUGUCGCUCACGUUUCUUACCCAGCAGUUUUAUAUUUACAUCGGUUUUUUUCUCAUUGUGACCGGAGUCUUUGGCUCACUAUUCAAUAUUACAGUUUUUCUUAGUCUGAAAACAUUCCGACAGAACACGUCUGUGUUCUAUUUAACAAUCAUGUCGUUUGUUAAUAUUGGCCAAUUGUUAUUCGGUUUAUUUUCUCGAGUACUGAUCUCUGGAUUUGCAAUCGACUGGAGUGCUACAUCAAUUGUUUUCUGUAAACUUCGACUAACUUUACUUAAUCUGUGUUCAUUAGUUUCCUAUACUUGCUUAUGUUUGGCUAUAUUUGACCAAUAUCUAGCCACAUCGACACGUCCACGUUGGCAGCAAUGGAGUAGUUUGAAAACAGCUUAUCGUUUAACAUUGCUAUUCACUUUCAUUUGGAUUCUCCAUCUCAUUCCGUAUCCAAUAUUCUUACAACAUGUUACAUCACGUACGACAGGCAAAACGGUGUGCAGUGUCAUAAACGAUGCUGUGUCCGUGUAUCGAAAUUACUAUGUUACUCUUGUUUUGGUUGGUUAUUUGCCGGAUAUAAUCACUGUUGUGUUCGGUGUCUUAGCUUACAACAAUAUACGACAAAUAGCCUAUCGCACCUUACCACUGGUUCGUCGAGAGUUAGACAAACAGUUAACGGUGAUGGUUUUUGCACAAGUUAUUGUCAAUUUAGUGACUAAUACUCCAUGUGUUACGAUGAUUGCUAUUACAUACUCAAUGGGGACGAUUCAAGAUUCAUCUGUUUUAGAAAUUACACAAUUUGUGAGCAAUGCGACAACCAUCAUCUUCUAUUCGUACUUUUCGAGUUCAUUCUAUAUUUAUAUAUGUGUAUCUGAACGAUUCCGUCGGCAAUUUAUUUAUGUUAUUUCGCAAAUGCAUCCAUACCGAUGGCAACAACAAAUAAAGCCAAACAAUCAAAUUGUUCCAACAUAA